CGCGCUCCCGCAGCCAUGGGCGCUGGGGGCCGGCGGGGGGCGGCGGCCGCGCCGCUGCUGGCCGCGGUGGCCGCGCUGCUGGUGGGCGCCGCGGGCCACCUGUACCCCGGAGAGGUGUGUCCCGGCAUGGAUAUCCGGAACAACCUCACCAGGCUGCACGAGCUGGAGAACUGCUCUGUCAUCGAGGGCCACCUGCAGAUCCUCCUGAUGUUCAAGACGAGGCCCGAGGACUUCCGGGACCUCAGCUUCCCCAAGCUCAUCAUGAUCACCGACUACCUGCUGCUGUUCCGGGUCUACGGGCUGGAGAGCCUCAAGGACCUGUUCCCCAACCUCACGGUCAUCCGGGGCUCCAGGCUGUUCUUCAACUACGCGCUGGUCAUCUUCGAGAUGGUGCACCUGAAGGAGCUUGGGCUGCACAGCCUCAUGAACAUCACCCGGGGCUCCGUGCGCAUCGAGAAGAACAACGAACUCUGCUACUUGGCCACCAUAGACUGGUCCCGGAUCCUGGACUCCGUGGAGGACAACUACAUUGUGCUGAACAAGGACGACAACGAGGAGUGCGGGGACAUCUGUCCGGGCACCGCGAAGGGCAAGACCAACUGUCCUGCCACUGUCAUCAACGGGCAGUUUGUCGAGCGGUGCUGGACUCACAGCCACUGCCAGAAAGUGUGCCCGACCAUCUGUAAGUCGCACGGCUGCACCGCCGAGGGCCUCUGCUGCCACAGCGAGUGCUUGGGCAACUGUACCGAGCCCGAUGACCCCACCAAGUGCACCGUGUGCCGGAACUUCUACCUGGAUGGCCGGUGUGUGGAGACCUGCCCGCCCCCCUACUACCACUUCCAGGACUGGCGCUGUGUGAACUUCAGCUUCUGCCAGGACCUGCACAACAAGUGCAAGAACUCGCGCAGGCCGGGCUGCCACCAGUACGUCAUCCACAACAACAAGUGCAUCCCCGAGUGCCCCUCGGGGUACACGAUGAACUCCAGCAACUUGAUGUGCACCCCGUGCCUGGGCCCCUGUCCCAAGGUGUGCCACCUGCUAGAUGGUGAGAAGACCAUCGACUCGGUGACGUCUGCCCAGGAGCUCCGAGGCUGCACCGUCAUCAACGGCAGUCUGAUCAUCAACAUCCGAGGAGGCAACAACCUGGCGGCUGAGCUCGAGGCCAACCUUGGCCUCAUUGAAGAGAUUUCAGGGUACCUGAAAAUCCGCCGAUCCUACGCUCUGGUGUCACUUUCCUUCUUCCGGAAGUUACGUCUGAUUCGAGGGGAGACCUUGGAGAUUGGAAACUACUCCUUCUACGCCUUGGACAACCAGAACCUGAGGCAGCUCUGGGACUGGAGCAAACACAACCUCACCAUCUCUCAGGGGAAGCUCUUCUUCCACUACAACCCCAAACUUUGCUUGUCAGAGAUUCACAAGAUGGAAGAAGUCUCCGGAACCAAGGGGCGCCAGGAGAGGAACGACAUCGCCCUGAAAACCAACGGGGACCAGGCUUCCUGUGAAAACGAGUUGCUUAAGUUUUCUUCUAUUCGGACAACUUUUGACAAGAUCUUGCUGAGAUGGGAGCCCUACUGGCCCCCCGACUUCCGAGACCUCUUGGGGUUCAUGCUUUUUUACAAAGAGGCCCCUUAUCAGAACGUGACAGAGUUUGAUGGGCAGGACGCGUGUGGCUCCAACAGCUGGACCGUGGUAGACAUCGACCCGCCCCUGAGAUCCAAUGACCCCAAGGCUCAGAACCACCCUGGGUGGCUGAUGCGCGGCCUCAAGCCCUGGACCCAGUAUGCCAUCUUCGUGAAGACGUUGGUCACCUUCUCUGAUGAGCGCCGGACCUACGGAGCCAAGAGCGACAUCAUUUACGUCCAGACGGAUGCUACCAAUCCUUCUGUCCCCCUGGAUCCGAUUUCGGUUUCUAACUCCUCCUCCCAGAUUCUUUUGAAGUGGAAACCUCCCUCGGACCCCAAUGGCAACAUCACGCACUACCUGGUUUUCUGGGAGAGACAGGAGGAGGACAGAGAGCUCUACGAGUUGGAUUAUUGUCUCAAAGGGUUGAAGCUGCCCUCCCGCAUGUGGUCGCCCCCAUUUGAGUCCGACGAUUCGCAGAAGCACAACCAGAGUGAGUAUGAGGACUCGGCGGGCGAGUGCUGCUCCUGCCCCAAGACCGACUCCCAGAUCCUGAAGGAGCUGGAGGAGUCUUCCUUCCGCAAGACGUUCGAGGACUACCUGCACAACGUGGUCUUUGUGCCCAGAAAAACCUCUUCAGGCUCUGGUGCUGAGAACACUAGGCCGUCUCGGAAACGCAGGUCCCUCGGUGAGGUCAGCAAUGUGACAGCGGCCACACCCACAGUCCCAGGAUUCUCCAACACGACGUCCACCAGCGUGCCUGUGAGCCCGGAGGUGCACAGGCCCUUCGAGAAGGUGGUGAACAAAGAGUCGCUGGUCAUCUCCGGCCUGCGCCACUUCACCGGCUACCGCAUCGAGCUGCAGGCCUGCAACCAGGACACGCCCGAGGAGAGGUGCAGCGUGGCUGCCUACGUCAGUGCGCGGACCAUGCCUGAAGCCAAGGCUGAUGACAUCGUCGGCCCCGUGACGCAUGAGAUCUUCGAGAACAACGUGGUCCAUUUGAUGUGGCAAGAGCCGAAGGACCCCAACGGUCUGAUCGUGCUGUACGAAGUGAGCUAUCGGCGAUAUGGUGAUGAGGAGCUGCACCUCUGUGUCUCCCGCAAGCACUUUGCUCUGGAGCGGGGCUGCAGGCUGCGGGGGCUUUCCCCCGGAAACUACAGCGUGCGGGUGCGGGCCACCUCCCUGGCGGGCAAUGGCUCCUGGACGGAAGCCACCUAUUUCUACGUGACAGACUACCUAGAUGUCCCAUCAAAUAUUGCAAAAAUCAUCAUCGGCCCCCUCAUCUUCGUCUUCCUCUUCAGUGUGGUGAUCGGAAGUAUUUAUCUAUUCCUGAGAAAGAGGCAGCCGGAUGGGCCACUGGGACCGCUGUAUGCUUCCUCAAACCCUGAGUACCUCAGCGCCAGUGAUGUGUUUCCCUGUUCCGUGUACGUUCCGGAUGAAUGGGAGGUGCCUCGGGAGAAGAUCACCCUCCUGCGGGAGCUGGGCCAGGGCUCCUUCGGCAUGGUGUAUGAGGGCAACGCCAAGGACAUCAUCAAGGGGGAGGCCGAGACCCGCGUGGCUGUGAAGACUGUCAAUGAGUCGGCCAGUCUCCGGGAGCGGAUCGAGUUCCUCAACGAGGCCUCCGUCAUGAAGGGUUUCACCUGCCAUCAUGUGGUCCGCCUCCUGGGGGUGGUGUCCAAGGGCCAGCCCACGCUGGUGGUGAUGGAGUUGAUGGCUCAUGGAGACUUGAAGAGCUACCUUCGUUCUCUGCGGCCCGAGGCCGAGAACAACCCGGGUCGCCCUCCCCCUACCCUCCAAGAGAUGAUUCAGAUGGCGGCGGAGAUCGCGGACGGCAUGGCGUACCUGAACGCCAAGAAGUUCGUGCACCGGGACCUGGCAGCCCGAAACUGCAUGGUUGCCCACGAUUUUACCGUCAAAAUCGGAGAUUUCGGAAUGACCAGAGACAUCUACGAAACGGAUUACUACCGGAAGGGGGGCAAGGGUCUGCUGCCUGUGCGAUGGAUGGCACCGGAGUCCCUGAAGGACGGGGUUUUCACCACCUCUUCUGACAUGUGGUCGUUUGGCGUGGUCCUCUGGGAAAUUACCAGCUUGGCAGAGCAGCCUUACCAAGGCCUGUCCAAUGAGCAGGUGUUGAAGUUUGUCAUGGACGGAGGGUACCUGGACCAACCCGACAACUGUCCAGAGAGAGUCACGGACCUGAUGCGCAUGUGCUGGCAGUUCAACCCCAAGAUGCGGCCCACUUUCCUGGAGAUCGUCAGCCUGCUGAAGGACGACCUCCACCCCAGCUUCCCGGAAGUUUCCUUCUUCCACAGCGAGGAGAACAAGGCUCCCGAGAGUGAGGACCUGGAGAUGGAAUUCGAGGACAUGGAGAGCGUCCCGCUGGACCGGUCCGCGCACUGCCAGAGGGAGGAGGCGGGGGGCCGGGAAGGGGGCUCCUCGCUGGGCGUCAAGCGAUAUGAAGACCACAUCCCCUACACCCACAUGAACGGGGGCAAGAAAAACGGGCGGAUUCUGAGCCUGCCUCGGGCGAAUCCCUCCUAACGGCGCCUGCCCGGGCCCGGGGUUUCCAUCCACAACUUCCUCUGGUUCGAAAGUCUCCGGAAAGCUCAGGAUCGCGGCAACCUGCCCGCGUGGCCCACCGGGCUCAGAAAUUGGCCCUCGACUUCUCUGCUUGUCUUCGGACUUCACACACACACUUGUGCAAUUGCCAAUGUGACCGGGGCGUCCGCGAAAGAUGCAGCUGUGAGCCUAGAGGGGCAGGGAGGGUUUUCUACAGCUGUCUCAAACCGGGAUUUUUGUUUUUGUUUUUUAAUCUCGUAGCACAAUGGGAAGAAAGCACCUGUUUUUACAGUCUUUUUUUUUUUUUUUUUUUUUCCUUGCUGGUGUCUGAGCUACAGUAUAAAAUGUAAUACUUGUUUGUGGAACAAAAGUUUGAAAGGAGAAAAGGAAAACCCACACCCCCCUGUUUGCAGGGAGUUCCACGCUCGCCAGGGUGGGCGUGCGCAGGUUUUACUCAUCCCACUGAAGGACGUCGCUUCUUUGCCUUCUUCUCCACAAAGAUCAGUUCCUCAAGUUGACCAAUAGCUGCUGUUUUCAUACUCUGCGUGAACACCUGCGGUCCCCGGUGUGUGCACACUGUGUGUGUGUGCAGGUUAAAGACCGCUGGUGUGUGUGUGUGCACACACGCACGUGCAGAGUAUUCACGCGUGCAGAGCCGGCACUUGACACUUGUGCUGCUUCAAGUUGGCGUGUUCCGGCCCCACGCUCCCCUGCCUUAUUCCCUGGCAUACUGUGCCCCCGGCAGGUUCUUCUCAUUUUACAAGUCUAGCCUCGGAUGUCUCCUCUCCUUUCACUUGGAUGAAAAAAAUUUUUUUUUCCCCAGGAACUAAGGGAGGAGCAUUUCUUUUAGAGUGAUCAUGGGUUCUUUCAAGACCAAACAAAGCUAGGAUAGGGAAAAAAAAAAUAAAAGAACUGGGAUGGCAGGAAAGUUUUGAGGAUAUAUUUGUACCCUGUUUAAUGGGAGAACACCUUUAGCAUUAGCCGUGAAAGUUAUCGAGUCGGGGGUGUGGUCACGGGUGGGCCUUCCUGCUUGUAAGGAGGGGUGCCAGGUACUAUCAGCCUCUUUGUUUGGUCUUAAAGCAUCCAUUCUUCUGGGAAUUAAGCCACAUUCGCUGCUAAUCUUUGUGGACAUCGUGAGGCCAUGCUGAGUGGGUACACAGGUGGGCUUUGUGGAAGGUGUGGUUUGGAUACCACCGCCUGCCACAGGGCUCCUGCUCGGCUCAGUGGGAGGCUUCCAGGAGCGGAACCCAGCUCCGAGGACGCCCGUGUUCUCCCUUGGGUUCUCUCUAUGUACCUCAUGCGGCUUUGCCUCGCCCGGACCUGCACGGCCCCUGGGGACUGUGCAAACACAACACAAUCAAAGCCCAAAGACGUCUGAAGGACAGCAUAAGCAAUGGCAAAGGAGAUGUGGCCACCGCGGCACCUGAGGCACUUCUCAGGGGCUUCGUGAUGUUGCAGGGCCCAGGAGAGAGGAGUCUGGAGGAGCAACCGUUCAAGACCUGCACACCAAGGACUUCUGGGUGGGCGGGACCCCAUAGUCCCUUCCCUUUGUGAAAGGAACCACAGCUGCUCAGAGGAAGAACGGGGUGGGGGAGGGAAACUCUUCACCUGGGCUCACAGAUGUGGUCACCCCCCAUGCCCCGGGAGUGGUCCCUCACAGGCUGUGACUGCUGCCUUCUCUCUUCUGAAGAGUUUCGGGCUCCAGAGGGGGACAGAUGCAUAGUGGCAGCCUCCGAGCCUUUUCGAUUCUUGACUAAAGACACAGGUAGACGCGAGUUCCAAUUGUUUAUUGCUCUCUUAUUUAUAGGAUUUGGAAAAUGAUGGCAUGUAAAAUAUUGCUGGGGACCCUCUGUGAUUCAGUACAAGAAGCAAGAGGACAGAAAUUAUUUUCGCCAAAUUUAUUUUGUACAUACAAGAGGGUUCUGUACGUAAAUUAAAAAAAAAAGUAGGUCUAGAUAUUUUGUUCUUUUCAUAGCAAAUUUGUAGUGGUCGUAUACUACACUAGCAGCAAUUUUCACAUUUUUCUAAUUCAGAAAGACUUUCUUAUAUUAGGGGGAAAAGUAUUUAUUUUAAUAUAUAAAAUCACUCUGAAAAUCACUUUCGUAAAAAAUGGAGUGCAUGUAAGUUUUUAUCAAGGAAAAAAUAAACAGGUGAAUGUGGGUAAUGAUUUCUUUUUUUUUUUUUUCCAGCACAGUCUACCUCAGUGUAUUGCUAGGAUGUGGUUCAACAAUGGACAUCUUGGAGACUUCAGAAUUCUGCCUGGGUCUGGUCUGAAUCAGGGAAAACGUGUGUCAGCUGAUUCUAAAUUCCAGGGACCAGUAAGGAUUUUGAGGGAGGGAGUUGGGAUGGAGAAGGUGCAGCCUUCUUGUGAGCAUAGAUCCUUUUUCUGCUGGCUGAUAAUAUCCUUCUCUGAAUUUAGGAUUUCUUAAAAAAAAAAAAAUCUUCCACUGGGAUGGGUGUUGGGUCUUGCAGUUGAGAUACAGGUUAAUAGCAACACCUGUGCCUGCACUGGACUGCCUGGGUUUCAUUCCUGGCUCCAGCUGCCUGCUAGUGCAGACCCUAGGAGGCAGCGUUGAAGGCUCAAUCGACUGGGUCCCUGCCAGCCACAUGGGAGAUCUGGAUUAAGCUCCCAACUUCAGAUUUUGGCUCUGCCCAGCCCUGUGGCCAUUGUGGGCAUUUGGGGAGUGAAUCAACAGAUGGCAUUGCUCUCUGUCUCUGAAAUAAAAACAUUUAAAAUAUAGAAGAACAAAUCCUGCUCCAUCUAUUGACACAAUAAAACAUAAACCAAGUUUGAGGACAUGUGGUAGAUCUGACCCCCGCCUGUGGUCUGCCUCCCUUGGGUGAGAGGUAGCUGUGUCCUUGUUCUACUGGACAAAGACAGGCUUGGCUUCAGAGCCAGUCUCCCCACCUGUCCCAUGGGAUUGCUUGAAGUGGGCAGGAGGGUGCCCUGGGCCCCCUGCAGGUGGAUUCUCACUCGGGCCAGGAUGAAUCGGAUUCAAGGACACCUCACACACAGACACCUAGAGCAAUGUCUCCCUCUGUGCUCUGAGUGGGAAGGGGGCUUUUGGGGAAACCCCAAGUCCUAAGCACAUGGGAGUACUGAACACUUUACUUGGUAGAGACAAGACCCUGGACCUGUCUGGGGUUUUGGUUGACCUCAGGCUGAUACUUGGAGCUUUUGCAGCUUUGAGAACCAGCGUGAAAGUUGAGCUGAGGCAAACAGGGCCGUUGCCCUAAUUGCCAAACCUUGCUGCUCUCACUGUCUUUCUUAAAGGCUCUGCUGGUGCAGACUUACCUUUCUCCACCUGCCCUGGAGAGAGAUGGAACACAGGGCCCACCCUGUGCAAAGGGGAGCUCAUCCAUUUCAUUGACACUGCUGCAAUGUAAGACCUAGCGGCUGUCAGGUUGGGUCACCAGCAUCCUUUGGCAUGAGAAAAUACUGACUUUGUAACAACAGAACUUUGGUCUAGAAAGUCACUGUGACCUUGGGGGUCUGCAGUGAUUGGUUACAGAACAGCAGCAACACCAGCGUAGGUUGAUGUUUUCUGUUGUUCAUUUUUGAAGAUGUCUCACUCUGAUGAAAACCGUUCUCAUUAGUGUGGUGAAAUCCACACAGUCAUUUCUUCUCCCAGGGGGAGAAUAGCAACUGCAUCACUUUGCCCCUGGAUCAGUGAUACACACAUAUCAGGAAGAAGUCCUGUUUGGGGAGCUGUCCCAGGUGCUGUCCUGUAUUUUGAAGACUGUAGGAAGGGAAGCACUGCUGGGUGUCUGGGUAUAGGCUGAGCACAAGUGAGGAAAAUGUGGGAAUUGAUUCAAUCAUCUGCUAUAUGAUUGUAUGAUUGAGAGACUAUGCCUCUAGCUGGUGGGCCAGUUGUUCACGGUAUCCCACCUGGACAGACAGUCCACCCUGAAGCAUGCUUACUUGGCUGGAAGGUGUAUAUUUGUAACCUACUUUACACUUGUCAGUGGGCAAGAGUGCCAUGGAGGCAUGGUCUGGGUGGCCAUCCUGGAGGUGAGUGGAUGUGCCAUAGUUCCAACAACUUUCACAGUUUGUAGAGGGAGGAAGUUGGAGAUGGAAUUUCUUUUAGAUGCCACCUGAGGAGUCCUGUUCACCUGAGACUCUUCAGAUAGUAUAUUUUUGCUGUGGGUGGAGAAUGGGGAAUGCUGAUUUUUUUUUUUUAACAAAUGGUUGCACAUAGAAUGGUAUCAGUUCAGAAAAUCUUCCAGAAUGUUCUUCAGAAUAUUAAUUUACACCAGAGGUGUGAUUGGGAAUGGAAAGAACAGACCAGUGCUGCUUCUUUAGAACACACACGAAAAAUGUGAUGGACUUCGAGGGGCUGCAAUAGAAGAGCUGAUAUUUCCUUAGGGGUCCCCUGAGAAACAGUGGGUGUAUGAUGUUCUGAGCUCACUGCCAUCUUCUGUGAAGUGCCGGAACCAGCUCCAGCAAAGUUUGCUAUCUGGAAAUCGGCCAUAAAAACGCUUGCUCAGGAUCACAUCAUGAAUCUGGGGCUCUUGGUCCCAUUUGAGAAGGAACAGCCCACACACCCGUGUGUGUCCGUACGUGUAUUCAGGAAUGGCUUGUUUGGUCUGUACACUUUGUGUCAAAGUUGCUGCUCCCUGCCCCUUGUGUGCCUGGGUGGCCUCUGUCAACAGUACAGGAUCAAAUGUGCCACAGGUUUUGCAGAAAACAACUCAGAAACACGAAAACCACCCAAAGCUCAAUGAUUAUUAUUUUUUUCAAUGUUUUCCUACAGGAGCCAAGUAGUAUCAUGUACAGAAUAUGCCUUUUUGAGGGGGGGAGGGGAUAUUGAAAUUGUUCUGCAUGUAAAAUAUGGGAUAAUUACCUGUUUAUAGUAAAAUUCUGAAUAAAUUAUCUGAGAAUA